CAAAUCAGAAUAUGAAUGCUCACUGACAAUAACUUCUAAUAUGUAAGAGCUGAUCAUUUUGUAUGAAUCCUGCAUCUUGGUUUGCGCAGUCUGCUCAACGACAUUUAGUGCUGCUGUCAACUCGUUCAUACAUCCUCGAUAAUUGUGGAAUACCUUCUUUAUAAAACUCUCGUGUUUGCUCAUAACUAAUACUCCCUCUCAACAAGAUUCACCCCUCACAAAAUACCAAUGGGCUACGGUUGCUGUCUCUGCGGCGUCGAUAUACACGAUGGUCCCCGCCAAAACACCUUAAGGCAACCACCGCCUUGGAACACCCAAUGCCGAGUCUUGUAUUCAUGCAAUAAUAUCGCGCAGCUAUCUGGAAUUGGCAGCAUUCUAGAAUUCAGAUACAUGGUUCCGGAAGACCCCGAUAUCGCCUGGGAUCAUGCGGAUUAUUGGGACGUACCGGCCCCGACUCUUGCGGCCAUCAAUGAAGACUAUACUGGACCUGCCUUCCCAUUCCACGUAGCCUGCUGGAGUCUGCUCAGUGCCGCAUUUCGGCCUGAACAAAUCCCUUUGGAGCGGCUUUUGGCUGUUUGCCAGUCGACACAUCUAAUUAAUACGCACAGACUAGACUGGCUGCAUUCAUAUGGGGGCUUAUAUGUUAACAAUGGUGACGCUUGUUGGAAUCGGAAUCUCCAAGUGAUAAGCGUCGAAACGGCCCCCCCUGGCGCAGAUCUUGAAUAUUUUACAACUGAUCCGUUCACGGUACUUGGCAUGGAGGAGUUGUCUAACAAAAAGUGGCAACCAGAGAAAGCAUCCGAGCAUUCUACACCUCAAUGGGGUCAAAAUGACGUCUUUUCAAACCUCCCAGAAGAUGUUUGUUAUGAGAUUGCAACACAUCUGUCGACCAAAGAUGCUCUCACCAUGCACCUAGUGUCGCGCCACUUUGCUCAGCCAACGUUUCGUAAGUCCUUCUGGCUAUCUAGAUUCAGAGGGCGUGGUGAAAGAGUGUGGCUUUUGGAAUCGAGAACCUGGGAUCGAGCAGUUGAUUGGGAAUACGUCUAUUGUAAGACUACCGAUAAACAUUGCGGCAAACAACUGAAGAAUCGUCAGCGCAUUUGGAAGCUGGCCCAGCAUCUUGUUGAUUUAGUGGAUUUGGUCUGGGUUCUAGCGCCUGCACCCAUGGUAAACCUCAAGCAUGACCAAUGUGCUACUCAGUGGAUUGACACUAACGGAGACAUUUAUCGACCUACUGACGAGGACGAUGGAUAUAAAGGCUUUGUCAAUUCAAAAAAGCACUGUCGCCUGAUCCACGAGGUCGAGAUUCCGCUCACUCAGGAUGCCAGGUCUAUUUCGUUUGCGACAAGAGACAUAGGUGAUUUUCAAUACUUGGUAGGCUUGACUAUUAUUAGCGCCGAUGAAAAGAAAACGGCCAUGCAAAUUGGCUACCGCGGCACGACCAACACAGCUGAGUUUGACGUUGAGCUACUUACAGGAUUUCGCGUUGCGGCUGAUCCGUCCGGAAUUUGCGGUAUUCAAUGCGGUUUUGCUCCAACACCCAAUACUGCCUUAUCUAGUGGCAGGUUAUGGUCCCAAUGGUUUGGGGCAAGCGAUGGCGUACCCGUGACAGAGAAGUUGAAAGACCUAAGCACCAUCUAUGCACUCCGUAUUGGUUUUGAUGUAAGUGCUCGUCAGAGUAUGGCUCUGCCCUACAUGUAAGUCUGCCCUGCUAACAGUUCAGGCCUAUAAAAUGGUUAGUCUGGCGGUCAAAGUGCCAGAACUUACCAACAAUCUGUCUCGGCAGUUGGCACCAAUCCAGGCUGGCUCAAUGUACUGGAGCGGCAUUCUGCCACCCUUUGAGUAUCAAACCCAGGACGCAAUCACAUCCACCACUGAGAGAGGUUUGCACGAAUAUUCUGCAAAGAUUUACACCCCAAUCUCUUAUGUCGAGCGAGUAGUUGGCGUUACCGUAGUUAUCGAACCGAUUCUGACUGGAUUUCUGCAACUCGAACACCUCGAACGUGAGUUCAAUGAAGGGCUCCUCCACAGUAUCAAAGUCGAGUAUGACCGCCAGGCGUUUUAUCCUCAUGAGUCCAAAGAUCAGCUUUUCGAGAAAGCCCCCCUCCCGAUAUUCUAGGUGGGUUCACACCUCGAGAAGACUAUCGGCGUGAUCGUUUGGUCGAACAAAAGUUUGCAAUUGACGGAGAAGGAGGCGAAAGAAUUACAAACCUGGAGCCAAUACUGUAUACAGCACGUCUAAGGACUGAGUCUCCAAGAUUAGCAUCGUUUAAGCUGUGGACAAAUCGGGGAAGAAUGAUGUGGUUCAAGCACACGGCAGAAGGAGAGACACCACCGGAUAUAGUGGUUGACCAUUCACCCCAACCAAGCAAGCCAAUGGUUGGAUUUCAUUGGAUGAGUGUUCGAGGGCGUCUCACUGAGCUCGGCCCAAUGUUUAAGUAGUGUAGCAGCCCCAAACUACCACUCCAAAGGUC